AGAUUGCGUCGCGAUAUGGAUGUGGACAAUUGCUUGACUUGCCUGAGCUCGACGGAACCCUUUCUGUCCAUUUACGACGGUGGAUCGGGAAGCUGCCUGGCGGACAUGAUCCGGGAUUUCACAAAAACCAAGCCCCGCCGCCACGAUAAUCUUCCCCAGAAGGUGUGCCUGGGCUGCUUGAGUGAGAUCUCAAGGUGCUAUAUUAAGAUCAAGUGCGAGAACUCCAGUCGCACCCUGCGCCAAUUGCUGCCGAAUGCCCUGCCCGAGGAGCCCGAUAACAAGGUGUCCAUCAGUGGUCCAGUGUCCACGGCGGAUCAGGCGGUGCAGACCACCAGCUGGGAGCCCAGCAGAUGCACUGCCUCCGUGCAAACAGAUGCGGUGGCCACCACAGACGCCGAACAGAACACCAGCCUGGCCAAGUCCACGAUUUCGGUGGACCUGGACUACGACGGCGAGGGAGAGGUCUUUGACUACGAGCUACCGGAUGAGCCCGGAAAGACUACCAGUCUCAUCCUGCAGGUUCAGGGCAGCUUGAAGGACGAAAAGCAAGUGGUGUUCACCCAAACCAAUGUCAUAUACGAGGGCGAUGACAACGAGCUGGAGCAGCAGAUCAGGGAGUGCAACCUGGCCAUUUUCGAAGGAGUCGAUAACGAAACGGAGGUCAUCACAGUACCCGCUCCACAGGUGACCACCAGAAAGAGCGCUGCCAAGCUCUUGAGCCAGCAGCACAGCGAAAAAGAAGGAAAUCCUGAGAGUCCCAAAGAGGAAGCCGAGGAGGGGGAGAAACUGAUCCAGCCGGCUAAAAGAGCCUCUCGCCGGCGGGCAGCGGUUAAGCAGCACGUGCAGGCCACGCCUUCGCCAGAAGCAGCUUCUCCCUCCAAACAGCUACGGCUGGGAACACACCGCAAAUCCUGAACGCAGUCGCAGGAGCAACCACGGUACAGUAAGCAGUGUGGGCACAGCAUCAGGGCAGCCGUAACACCUGAGCUAAAAUACCACUGCGAUCGGUGUAAUGCGGGUUUUGCUGAGAAAUCCCUUAUGAUCCAUAGACGCCAAAAGGGAUGCAUCAACCGCAACUUCAAGUGCAAUGAGUGCGAAAAGGUCUUUGUGUCGCCGGAUCAUCUGGCAGAGCACCAGGCCAGUCAUGGUGCUCACAACUGCCAGGAGUGCGGAAUUCAGUGUGAUUCCAAGGAGCAGCUGAGCAAGCACAUGGUUCAGGGCCACAAGAGGAAUCUGCGCAAUCAGUGCACCGUCUGCCAGAAGGUAUUCACCAUGCUAUCAACGUUGCGUGAUCACAUGCGCAUCCAUACCGGUGAGAAACCCUUUUUAUGCAAUAUCUGCGGAAAGAGCUUCACCCAGAACGCGAAUCUGCGCCAGCACAAGCUGCGUCACUCGGAGACGAAGAUUAAGUGCGAGCUGUGUCCGCACUCGUUCGUGACUAAGGCGGAGCUCGCCUCGCACGCCCGCACCCACACCGGCGACAAGCCCUUCGAGUGCGAGGUGUGCCUGGCCAGGUACACCAGCUGCUCGCUGGCCAAGCACAAACGGAAGCACACCGGCGAACGGCCCUACGCCUGCGAUCUGUGCCCCAUGAGAUUCACAGCCCUGAACGUACUCAAGAACCACCGAAGGACGCACACAGGUGAGCGGCCGUAUGUUUGUCCCUUCUGCUCGAAGACCUUCACGCAACGGGGCGACUGCCAAAUGCACCAGCGUACCCAUCAAGGCGAUCGUAUUUACAUUUGCCCGGUGUGCAACGAGGAGUUCAAGUCGAUGCCCGACAUGCGAUCACAUUUGGCUGGCCACGAGCAGCACGACAAACGCCUGGUACAAUUCAACUUUCUUAGCAACAAGGAGAACGGAAGCGGAGCACUCGAGGAAGACUUGAAUGAGAUUACCGAGACUGCGCUUAUGCUUUAAGUAGAUGUGGGAACCGUGCAAACAAUGGAAUGCGUCUUUUAAACUUUUAAAGAAAGUAUCAAGACAAUUAGCCCCCGUUUAAGAUCGACCUGACAUACAUAUGUAAUUAUAGGAAUGAUUUUCUGCUUAUCUCUUAGAUAAAGAAAUGAGUAAUUUACUCCCAAAGUCAAAAAUGAUAUACUCUAAGGACACCUAUUUUCCCUGUAUGCGAAUCACAAUUCAACCAAAAUAACAUCGCAAACACGUCCACUUACAAUUCCUUCUUAUCUUCCCCUUGGGAACACAGUUUAUGACAAAAUUCACAACUUUAGAACAUCUUUAGUCUUAACUUAGUCGCUAGGUCGUAGAUAAAAAUAAAAGCUUAAAUGGUA